GAAGGUCUUAUCCAUCUUCAAAAUCGUGGUGGUGUUUUUGUGGCACUUGAGAGGAAGAGACACCAAAAAUGGCUUCAUCUUCUGUUCAGUGUUGUUCUGUUUGGGUUCCUUCUCUUCCUAACCUUAACACUAACACCCUUCGCUUCCUUUCAGUUAAUCCAAACUCCGUUGCUUUCUCCUCCCCUUCUUCCAGAAUCAGAGCAUCUUCUUCCUCCCCAACCCUCGAAGAAGCUGCUAUGAGCAUCGACAACCUGCGACGUUUCAUCAACCUUAACUCUGGAAAGUGGAACGGCUCUUUCUAUCAAUUUGAUUCAUGUGGGAAUAUGUUACAACAACUGAGUACCAAGCUUUCCGCUAGCUCUUAUGGGGAAGAUGAACUCAUGAGUCUCAUUCAAACGCUUUAUAUUAAACAACCUUCAUCAAGUACUUCAAUUUCUGGAGAUGACAAUGAUGCAGAAUGGGCUGAGUACAAAAUUAAAGAAACCAAUAUGUUUACUGCUGACAAAUAUCAACAAAUAGGCUUUUUUCCAUCUGAGAGGGCAUUUGCAUUGAGAUACCAAACAGCUGGCAUGUUGGAAACAGUAUUAAGGCAAGGUGUUCUCGGAGAAGAUGACACCGGUGAAGAAUCACCAAGAAAUCUCAAGCUUCCCUCUCGGCGACCUUCUGUUGUAUGUGAGAAUUGCCUGUACUCUCUUCAAAGAGAUAAGCGAGCAAGAGCCUUUCACAUUUUGGAGCCAAAAGGUACUGUAGAUAUGCUUAUCGUCUUCCUAGAGGAAAGAAGUGAUGGGGCUCCUCCUCUACUUGACAGUUCUAAGGAUGCAAAUAAUAGGAUUAUACCUUUUCUUGGUAAAUGGAAAGGCCAUUCCAUUACAAAACGAAGUGGUGUUUAUGGUUCCACAAUUGCUAAAGCCGAUACCGUUGUGUUACAUGAGAUGGAUCACAAUGGCCAACUUAUUCAGGAUGUUACUUCAGUAUCUGAUGGGGAAAAUGUUACAACAAAUGUGCAUUGGAGUGGCAGAAUAUCAGAGUAUUUGGUGACAUUUGAUGGAGGUUAUCAGAUGAUACUAUUACCGGGGGGCAUGUACAUGGGAUGCCCUUGUGAUAUAGCAAAAAGUGUGGCAGAAUCAAAAUCGUUCCAUUUGGAGUUCUGUUGGUUGGAGACACCUGACAAGAGGCAAAGACUUGUUCGCACAUAUGAUGUGCAAGGCUUGGCUGUCUCAUCUACUUAUUUUUAUGAGACCAAAUUGUGAAUCCUAUGUUGUCCUUUUUCCUGAAAAUGGAUCCUAUAGUUGAGUAUGAAAAUGGCCUGUGCAAUAAAUGUUCAUAUUUGUCUUUGCAUCCAUUGGAGGAAUGUGAUUUUCUAGUAUAUUUAUUGAGCCUCUGGUGGGAAUGCAGAUUUUUGUUGUUGUUGUUGGGUUACAUAAUAUUAAUGGUGUGUCAACUUAGAUGAUAA